AUGAAGAAGGGUAAAGCUGUCAGAUUUAAGAAUAUAGUAGAUGUGUAUAAACAUCCUUCAAUCCGGUUGAUUGAUAAAGAAAAGAGCAAUGUGACUAAACCAGCAAUGGAUAAGGAAGACAGCAAAGUAACUGAACCAGCAGUAUAUAAAGAAGACAGCAUUGUGACUGAACCAACAAUGGAUACAGACAGCAAUGUGACUGAACCAGCAGUGGAUACAGACAGCAAUGUGACUGAACCAGCAGUGGAUACAGACAACAGCAAUGUGACUGAACCAGCAGUGGAUACAGACAGCAAUGUGACUGAACUAGCAGUGGAUACAGACAGCAAUGUGACUGAACCAGCAGUGGAUACAGACAGCAAUGUGACUGAACCAGCAGUGGAUACAGAGAGCAAUGUGACUGAACCAGCAGUGGAUACAGACAGCAAUGUGACUGAACCAGCAGUGGAUACAGAGAGCAAUGUGACUGAACCAGCAGUGGAUACACACAGUAAUGUGACUGAACCAGCAGUGGAUACACACAGUAAUGUGACUGAACCAGCAAUGGAUGCAGAAGACAACAAAGUGACUGAACCAGCAAUGGAUACAGAAGACAGCAAUGUGAUUGAACUAGCACUACAUUUAGCUAAGAGGGCCAUCGCCGCUGCUGUUAAAAUUGUGGAAGAAGAUGAUGAAUACAUCAUCAAAAACGUCGACUGGCUCACACACGGUGAAUUCACACCAGAAAAGGGCCGUAGGCAAAUUGAGGAGUUCGUUUUGACUUGGGAGUAUCAAGACCGCUGGGUGCACUACACAAAGUUGAUAGAGACGAGAGACCUGGUUCACAGCUUCCACUACAUCUACUCUGUACGCUGGAGUGUCCCAACUUCUCAGACACCCACAGCAUUCAGCUCUGCCUUUGCCUUCUUCACCAUCAAGUUCAACAAAAACAAACCUCCGGAUGCACCCGUUGAAGUCUCUUAUUUCUUUGAGGGCCAGUCACUACUUCACAGACCAGGAAUGACUCGCUUUCGAGAAAAAUGGGUGAGGGACAUGGUUGAGGCCAAACAUAUUAUAAUGAAGUCAUUUCCCUUCUAA